CGCGAUGCUACACCCACCCGUGUUCAACCUUAGCUUCACUCAAACACAACACGAAGCAGACCUCACUCACAUACAACGCGCGCAAACAGGAGCUCGCCUACUAAACUAACAGCCAACAACCAUGUCCCGUACCGAGGAGCAGCUCAAGGAGGCCAAGCAGGCUCGCGCCGCCCACGCACGCGCGUCCAGGGCCGCGAACAAGGCCAAGCGGGAGAAGCUCAAGGCCGCCAAGCAGGCGCGUGCCGCCCAUGCCCGCAGCGCUAAAAAUAGCAAGGCAAAGGCUUAGCCUGCUAGUGGUGUAUCGCGUCGGGUGUGAACAGUGAUAGUCUGCGCGCAAUGGAGAACUGGGAGUAGAAAGGCGAUGAUGGUUUUCUCCUCUAAAGUGAGAACGUGGGCGGGGGGGACAGCCUUGACGCCCUCGAGGCAGCACAGUGGCUCGACGAGGACAUGGAGGAAGAAGCCUCGAAGAGUCGACGAUGACAACACACAUGGUCUUGAUAAGUUCCGUGGUUCUGUCUGAACGGUUACAACAUCCUUUUUCAACGUAAUAUCAUGUAUUAGUCUAUCUUGGAGUAAGGUAUAGUUCUUGAAAUGAUACGGUCAGCGUCAAGUCUGCCUCAGCAACACCGUGAUUGAGUUCGCGCCCCAGCCUUUCCAAGAUUACGACUAAUACACUCAAGAAACCGUUAGGCAAAUCGGGA